AACCACCCACUCCAUCUCCUGCAAUCAUCAUGCACGCCAGAAGGAAAUAUCGUACAGCAGUUGUCGAAACCAUGCACGGCUAACACAGUACAGAAGAUUCUCGGAGAUUUUUCCAGAGUGACACAGACUUGAAAGCAUCCGCACGGAGGUGGUAAUAGUGUGAAGUCACGCAAGGACGGAGAAGUCCAGGAUGGAAAGCAAAAAAAAGGGCAUUAUGGACUCCCUGUACGGAGGUACCACUGAGGAACCGAAUAUCUGGUGACGUUUCUGCCCCUUUGUACUGCAUUGGCCAAGAAUACCUCCUCCUAACUACCCUCUGUUGACUGGAAUGUGGUCCACGCCCAGAUGCUAGAGACGGCCCCUUGCUGAAUCCACAGAUCUCAAUUUAACAUGGUAUAAAACGGACCCGGACCCUUUUUCUUUUUUCCAUUUCGAAUGGUAAAUUCCUUCUGGAAGACACACACACACAAAUAGAAAGAAAAUGCACACUCUGUUGUGGACGGCGCUGGCAGCCAGCAGCCUCGCGCAGCAGGCGGCAGCGCUGGACUGGGCAACGGCCUACGACAAGGCCGAGGCAGCGCUCGCCCUGCUCAACCAGACAGAGAAGGCAGGGAUAGUGACCGGCGUGACGUGGGAGGGCGGGCCCUGCGUGGGAAACACAUACGCGCCGACCUCGAUCCCGUAUCCGUCGUUGUGUCUGCAGGACUCGCCGCUGGGCCCUCGAUUCGUGUACCCCGUCACUGCGUUUCCCGCGGGGAUCAACGCAGGCGCCACCUGGGAUAAACAGCUGCUCCGUGCUCGAGGGGCGGCAAUUGGCGCCGAGUCGAAAGGGUUGGGUAUCCAUGUCUCGUUGGGGCCGGUCGCUGGGCCCCUGGGGAAGAACCCCGGUGGCGGGCGGAACUGGGAGGGCUUCUCGAACGAUCCGUUUCUCAGUGGGGUGGCUAUGAGUGAGACUAUCCAGGGUAUCCAGGGUGAGGGGGUGCAAGCCGUUGCAAAGCACUAUAUCGGCAACGAGCAAGAACAUAACCGCGAGACGAUGAGUUCGAACAUCGACGACCGGACCCUGCACGAACUGUACCUUUGGCCAUUUGUGGACGCGGUCAAGGCGGACGUCGCCUCGGUGAUGUGCUCGUACAACAAGGUCAACGAGACGUGGACGUGCGAGAACGACGAGCUGCUCAACCAGAUCAUGAAGACAGAGCUGGGCUUCCCCGGAUACAUCAUGAGCGAUUGGAACGCGCAGCACAGCACCGUCGCAAGUGCCAAUUCAGGCCUCGACAUGACCAUGCCCGGCAGCGACUUUUCAGAGCCACGGGGUAACAUUUUCUGGGGCGACUACCUCAUCGAAGCAAUCAACAAUGGGUCCGUGCCCCAGACUCGCCUCGACGAUAUGGCCUUGCGCGUUCUGGCGGCUUGGUACCUCCUCGGCCAGGACGAGGGAUACCCGGCCGUCCAGUUCAACUCGUGGGAGUCCAGCGAUCACGGUGGACAUGCCGCCGUCGACGUGACGGGGGACCACAGCAAGCUGGCGCGGACCCUCGCGCGGGACUCGAUCGUGUUGCUCAAGAACGACGGGGUGCUGCCUCUGGCCAGUCCCGCCAGUCUGGCGAUCAUUGGCUCCGAUGCGAUCGUGAACCCGGCGGGACCGAACAAUUGUUCCGAUCGAGGAUGCGACGUCGGGACCCUAGCAAUGGGCUGGGGCAGUGGAACCGAUCAAUUUCCCUACCUCAUUGGCCCCCUUGAUGCCAUCCAAGAGCAAGCCUCGGCAGACGGCACCCGCGUCGUGACGAGCACGACCGACGAGACAGGGCCGGCAGCCAGUGCGGCUGCGGGUGCCGAUAUUGCCAUCGUCUUCAUCAACUCGGACUCCGGCGAGGCCUUUAUAACGGUGGAGGGUAACGAAGGGGACCGCAACACCCUGGACCCAUGGCACAACGGCAACGGUCUAGUCCAGGCCGUGGCUGGCGCCAACAAAAAGACCAUCGUGGUCGUGCACAGCGUCGGGCCCAUUAUCCUCGAAACCAUCCUGGCGCAACCGAAUGUGGUGGCUAUCGUCUGGGCUGGCCUGCCUGGCCAGGAGAGCGGCAACGCCCUCGUCGAUGUGCUGUACGGUUCUGUCUCCCCGAGCGGGAAACUUCCCUACACCAUUGCGAAGAAGGAAGCCGACUACGGUACUGGAUGGGUGAUGGGCGAGAUUGACGACUAUCCAGAGGGUCUCUUCAUCGACUACCGUCAUUUCGACCAUGAGGGAAUACAGCCCCGCUACGAGUUUGGAUAUGGUUUAUCCUAUACCACAUUCGACUAUUCAUACCUCCAUGUGGACGUGUCCGUCUCUCCCGGUCCAGCAACGGGCCUUACUGUCCCCGGCGGACCUGAAGACCUCUUCGACUCGAUCGGUGAGGUGAGCGUAUCGAUCAGCAACACGGGCAACGUGACGGGCCAAGAAGUCGCACAACUGUACAUUGGUUUCCCUGCGGAUGCGCCCUCGACGCCUCCCAAGCAACUGCGUGGGUUUGAGAAGAUCCAGUUGACGCCUGGGCAGGAGGAGGAAGUCACGUUUCCACUGACGAGACGGGAUGUCAGUUACUGGGAUGUUGGCGCGCAGGCCUGGGUGGUUCCUCAGGGUGACUUUACGGUUUAUGUCGGUGCCUCGAGUAGGGAUAUCAGAGACUACGACACAUUCACUGUAUAGUAGAUAGCUAGUAUACUGUUGACUGAUUCGACCUUGAAAAAAGGCCGAUCUUGAAUGUUGAAUUGUCGCUGCACAGGGGAAUAUCAACAAAAGCAGCCAGUAUCAAUAAUAUAUUGUAGAUCAUUUCAGACGUCCAA